GACGGCAGUCAUGACAGAGGAGCUGUAGGCUCGGAUCUCCUCACACCGACACAACAUCUCAGGUCCCCCUCUUUUUUUUUUUCUUUUUUUUUUCCUUCUGGGAUCCUUCUCCGGGUGUCUCACCAUCCAGCCAGCCUCAGCUAUGAAGACCAUCCUCGCUGCAUACUCCGGCGUCCUCAAAGGCACCGGCUCCAGCAUCCUCUCCGCCCUGCAGGACCUGCCCUCUGCCAUCUGGCCCUGCCAAUCCAAGAUGGAGAAACAUCUGCAGGUCAUCUCUGUGCUGCAGUGGGUCGUCUCCUUCUUGGCCCUGGGUGCCGCCUGCACUGUGCUGUUAGUCUACAUGUUCUGCACCGACUGCUGGCUCAUCGCUGCCAUUUACACCGCCUGGCUCAUCGUUGACUGGAACACACCGAAACAAGGCGGCAGAAGGUCCUCGUGGGUGAGAAACUGGACAGUGUGGACGUAUUUCCGAGACUACUUCCCAGUCAGGCUAAUUAAAACCCACGACCUGCUGCCCAGCCGGAACUACAUAUUUGGCUACCACCCCCACGGCAUCUUCUGUUUUGGGGCUUUCUGCAACUUCGGGACGGAGGCCACGGGCUUCUCCAAGAAGUUCCCCGGCAUCAAGCCCUCCCUGGCCACCCUGGCGGGAAACUUCCGCCUGCCCGUCCUUCGAGACUACCUGAUGUCUGGAGGCAUCUGUCCAGUGAACAAAAACUCCAUCGACUACCUGCUGUCGCGUAACGGAACAGGGAACGCCGUGGUCAUCGUCGUGGGAGGAGCGGCAGAGUCUCUGCACUGCGCGCCCGGCAUGAAUUCUGUCACCCUGAAGAACCGCAAAGGCUUCGUGAGGCUGGCCCUGCAGAAAGGCUCUGACCUGGUUCCGGUCUACUCCUUCGGGGAGAACGACGCCUACAAGCAGGUGAUCUUCGAGGAGGGAACCUACUGGAGAUCUGUGCAAAAGAAGCUACAGAAGAUCUUAGGUUUCGCCCCGUGCCUUUUCCAUGGAUGUGGCCUCUUCUUUGGCAACUCCUGGGGCAUCGUGCCUUAUGGGAAACCUAUCACCACCAUAGUUGGGGAGCCAAUCACAGUGCCAAAAAUCGAGGAUCCAACUGACGAGACGGUGGAUCUUUACCAUUCAAUGUACGUCAAGUCCCUCCAGUGCCUUUUCGACAAGUUCAAGACCCGCUUCGGCCUGAAAGAGAGCGACGUCCUGUACAUCCAGUGAGAGGACGAGGCCUCCUCUCGGUUUCCCUCCCAUUCCUCGUCCAACCUCGGUGCACCGUUUAUCUCUGAGCUGCAAACUCUACGUACGUUUGCUAAAGAAACCUUUGCUCACCGUGUCGUCUCUCACACAAACACACAAACACACACUUUUCAGUGGACGGCAGGUUUGAAGAACAGUGGCCUCUCCCUGCUGCUCCCGUCCGGACAGAGUUACGCCAAACCCCACGUCAAAAAGUGUGCCUUUUUCUCGUUUCAUUUUCUAUUUUGUCAAUGAAAGCAUCGAGUUUGGACGUGGUCGCCGGUGCAGAGGGGAGGUGAACUCCACUAGAUGGAGCUGAAAGGCAACACGCAGGACUUCAAAGACGUGCCAAUGUUUUCUUUCACCCACGCAUUCACACACUUCUCCAUAAGCUCUAUUACAUGCAAAACGCACAAACAAUGCAAAUGGAAGGUACCGCUUUGUUAUCGGGGCCAUAAACCCAAAGGUUAAUUGAGCCAAAGACGUAUGUUGUCCCCCACACAUGCAUUGAUUUCUACUGUAUGAAUAGUGAACGUGGAGGAAUUCUGCAGGGUGAAUGCACAACACGCGUGUGCCUGUGAUUGUAUGAAGCCAUAAAGUAUUAAUUCUAUUCCGUAGAGAGGAAAAGGCCUAUUUCAGCGCUUGUCCCUCGACGAAUAUGCACUUUUUGUAUUGCCGAUUACCCUCUGAGGUAUCAAGAAAACUGCCUUUGAUAAGAGAUUUUCUUUUCCGUCCCAAGACAGUCAUGCUUGGCUUGGCCUGGCUUGGCUUGGCUUGGUUUCCCUCCUACUUGGUGUCCAGGUCUCGAUCCGAGCGGACGCGUCUCAUCUAUGCAGUGAAAGCUACGAGGAUAUUUUUUUUUGUAUCUCUAAAGCCUUUUGAAAAGUUUCGAGCUGCAGUAAAAGAAGAUAAUAGUUCUGCAGGUGAUGUUUGAUGAUUCCAGUGUUCAGGCUGAUUAUACCAGGGGUGAUAAUUGGAAAAGAAGAAGAAGAAAGGGUUACGGCUGAUAAUUCCUCUAGAAGUGAUAAGUUAUAUUUAAGGAUGUCACCGGUACUUUUUGUAAGAGUAUGUGUAUAGAAUCUAUCCUGGGAAUCAUCAGAAUAGGAAGGCUUGGGUCAUGUUGAUGGGCGUGAAGAUGGGCAGUAAUGAGGUUGUUCUGGUUUCACCGUCGUGACUUCUGAAGAGCAGUGUAAUCCCUGUGCAAUAAAUGUGGUAGCAAUGAACAGCGAGACUCGUCUGUAAGAUGAAUGACGUCAUUUGUCUGCCGAUAUUUAAAUUAAACUUUUGUAUAUUUUCAGAAGGAGA